CUAAAAUUACACAUAAAAAUAUCACUUAUACCCUACAACAAGCAAGCAACACUCCAAGGUGCACGGAUACUGGCUGGAUUUAUCGAUUUACUUCACGCUCGAGAGGAUUAAAAUGGUGAGAGUAUGGGAAGCAAGCACUGGCCACCUACAAAGAAAAAAGAAGAGAAAGGAAGUUACUUAGAAUAGUAAAGGAGUGAAAAUGGUGUUCGUGGUGUUGUUGUAGAAACAGAGCCAAUCGAAAAUACUCUCUGACAUCACACAUAAUCUCAUCUUCGGUUUUUCUCAUGCCCUGUAUUUUCUUCCUCAUCUCCUUUUCUCUCUCUCCCCGAAAACCCUAAUUCAAAUUCUCCCUUUCUCUUUCUCUGCUUCUUUCAGAGAUUAAAAAAAAAAAAAAAACAAGAUCGGCAGGGAAACAGAAUUCAGCUCAAAUACUUGUGAGAUUUAGUUGAGGCCAUUCUUUUUAUGUUCCUUUUGGAAGCCAAGAUAUUCAAAACACGAGGUUGUUGAUUUCGUUCUUUAUGUCUUUGUUAUUCAUAACAACCAACGAAAGCAUCUGUGUAUGUCAUUCACUCUUGAAAACCGGUUGAAUUUUGGAUCUGGAUGAAGAAGAAUGCUCGAACUAGACCUGAAUGUAAAUGGAGCUGUCGAUUUUCAUAUGCGGAAAAUUAUACUACAUUUGGUUGUAAAGCAAACUAAUAUAUAAUAGGAAUAAUGGAGGCGAAUAUAUGUGAUGUCAAUCACUUGGAUGGGGAUGUCCUUUUGCCUCCUCGAAAGCGUCUGCUUGCUGGAUUGAAAAAACAAAGCUCGGAAUCUGAUGGUGCUUUGAGUCUCUCUCUAAUUGCUUCUUCCGCUUCCGCUCCCGCUCCCGCUCCAUCUUCUGCUGCUUUGAGUGACUUUGAAAUCCGUCUUAACAAUCUGUUAAGUUCUCAUUCGAAUAAUCCUAACCUUACGCCAGGGGAAAUGGUAGAGGCUUCAAAUUCAGCGGCAAUCGCUGCAUCUAAGGCUGCAGAGGCAGCAAGAGCAGCAGCUGAAGAGAAGGCUGCAAUAGCAUCAAAAGCAAUGGCUGCUGCCAAGCGUGCUUUAGAUUUGGUUGCCUCAUUUUCUGGAGAUUCAGCCUGUCAGGAAAGAUAUCUGAAAAAGAAUAAGCUGAAGAAGCAUCUCCCCGUUCAGCUCUUGUACAAAAAAUACCAACCGAUUGAGAAUAACAAGACAGAUGAAGAGUUGGCCCAUAAGUUGCAUAGAGCUAUUAACAGCUCACCCAGAAUCUCAAAGAAUUCUUCAAGUUCUGACUGGAAAGGUCAUAAACACAAGAAACCUAAAAGCUCAGCAAGUUCUAAGAAAAGUAGGGUAUCCAAUGGGGGUAUCGUAUUGGAAAGACACCUCCCCUCUAUGUCCAAUGGUCAUGCUGUAACAGGCAAGAUUGAAUCUGAAGGCUCCAUCCAUGAAUUAUACUCGCACAAAGCAGAUCAAAAGUCCUCCAAGUCUGAUAAAGCUGGUCAACUAGAGAUGGAUAAUGAGGAAGCAGAAUCAAGUCAACCAAUGGAUAAAACUGGAGAAGACGUGAGUACAACUGGUAAAAGGAGGGGAAGAGUGAAGCUAAAAAGGUUGCCCUUAAGUAUUUGUAACUUUAGGGAUCAAUCAAACCCCAAGGAGGAGAUGAAUACUUCAGCUGAUGGUGUGAUGCCAAUCGGGGCUACAACAAUGUGGAAAUGCCAGGAGUUCAAUGUGCCAACAUGUGUCAAGCAAAAUAAAGUCCUGCAGUCGUGAUGCCCAAAUGUAAUGUGGCGACUGGUAAAUACCAUGAUAGAAGUUGAUAGCUGAGGUAGGAUUCAUGGUGUUCUUUUUAUAGAAAAGGCUUUCUUUCAUUGACGUUUUUAUUCAUUUUUUCUGAAGUUGUAAGGAACUUAAACUGACCCAAUGUAAAUUUAGAUAUUUAAUUGCUUGCA